GACUGGAGGGAAGGAUGAGAGAAGAACAAUAGAAAGAGGAAAGGAGCGAAAAAUGGCGAACAAGCUCAUCAACCAGAUGGGAUUGCCCAAAUCCAUAGCCAAUAUCUUCACUGCUCGCAACAUCAUCACCGCCAAGGAUGCAUUGUCUCACACUGAAUUUGAGUUGAUGGAGUUGUUGGACGUUGGGAAGGAAGAAGUAACAUCCGCAAUGGCGCACGUUAGCGAAGUCGUGUGUCCACCGUGUCAAACUGCGUUACUACUGCUGGAGCAGCGAGUACGCAACGAGACUUUGGCCGGUCAUCUUCCCACUCGUUUGAAAGGUUUGGAUGACGCGUUGUGCGGCGGUAUACCUUUUGGUGUUUUGACAGAGUUGGUUGGUCCAGCAGGAAUUGGCAAAACACAGUUUUGCUUGAAGCUGUCACUACUGGCUUCGCUGCCCGCGAGUUGUGGAGGCUUAGAUGGCCGUGUGAUAUAUAUUGAUAUUGAAUCCAAAUUUAGGUCAAAAAGAUUGAUAGAGAUUGGAAUAAACAGUUUUCCUGAAAUAUUUCAUAAGAAGGGAAUGGCACAGGAGAUGGCUGGUAGAAUCCUGAUUUUGCGUCCUACAUCACUUUCUGAAUUUGCUGAGAGUUUGUACCAGAUCAAAGUAUCACUCCUCCAGCAACAAGUGAAAUUGCUCAUCAUUGAUAGCAUGGCUGCUCUAGUAUUAGGUGAGCAUGAGUGUGGAACCACUAGACAACAAGCAUUGGGUUGGCAUGUUUCUUUUAUCAAGUCACUUGCAGAAUUUUCACGAAUUCCAGUUGUAUUGACAAAUCAAGUAAGAUCUCAAUCUGGUGAUGAAUCUCGCAUAUAUUCCUUUCAAGCACAAAGCCGCUCUAUAAUAAAAGAUAACCCUGCUACAUAUGAUUCUCAUCUUGUUGCUGCAUUGGGAAUUAACUGGGCUCAUGCUGUGACCAUCCGUCUUGUACUCGAAGCCAGAUCAGGUCAAAGGUUUAUUAAGUUGGCAAAAUCUCCCAUAUCACCUCCUCUGGCUUUCCCUUUUAAGAUAACUUCAUCAGGUGUGAUUCUGCUGGAUGAUGAUGGGAUAGAAAUGAAAGGGCCAGAAAUAAACACUAUUCAGUGCCAAGUUGAAGUCUUGACUUGCCUAUUUUCAAGUGUAAUGAAAAACAUGAGAGCCAAAAUACUUUGUUUAAUUUCGAAAGGGUAAGGUACACAAUCACUUUUUAGUUUCUUACGUUUUGUUAGAACACUAACAUUUGUUAGAACCACUAAUAAAAGACUUCUGUUGACACAACUGACAGUAGUUAAACUACACAAGACCUCCUUUAUUCCCUUGCCAAACUCGGGAUAAGAUGGGUGGAGCCUAGUUGGAGUAUGUAAGCCAAAUAUACGGCCUUACUGAAAUAGAAACAUUGUUUGAAUGUAUGCCAACAAUGAUGAGGGUUUUUCCUUCUUGCGCCUCCAUAAAUUACCAUCAAUUUCAGAAGGCAGCUUCUUCCUGCACCUCCAUAACUUCAUCCUGCACCCAUACAUUUUAAAAUUCUAAUUUUAACCUUUUAGUUUGAUAUCAUUGGGACACAUAAAAAUCACAAUGAGCUCACUUUCUCUCGUAAACUCAGACCUUUUAUUAGACAUGUAUAAGAACUCACUUUCUAUCUUAAACCCAGACCUUUUAUUAUUUUUUGUUGCUCACACACAAUAUGCGUCACCUUGGUGACUUAUUUAUGAAAGAAAAAAGGGCACAAAACAAAACACAAGCUUUUGGUAAUGCAUUCACGGGUUGUACAAACUUUAGUUGGUGUUGAAAAUUCCACUUAUGCA